AUGACUCGAAUGACGACUGCUGCAUCGCGUGCGACGCUCAGUGUGCGUCGCACGAGCCCCAGUGUCGGCGUAUCGUUCCGCCGUUCCCAAGCCUUCUCGGCCGUUCAGCUGGCGUUCGUGGCGCUGCUGGCGGUCGGCUUCACAGCCCGUAACGCGGCUGCUUCUAUCGUGUACAACAGUGCGGGCGUGCAUGCUUCUAACGGGGUUCCAGUGCGGAACCUCGGACGGUGGCGCGCGCAGGAAGGGGAGAUGACGGCAGGAGGACGCGGACUGAUCAGCAGCAGCAGCAUCAGCAUCAGCGACAGCAGCAGCGGUGGCGGCAGUGGCGGCGGUAUUGGCAGCGGAGGGGAAGGCGGGGAGAUUCCCGAGUGGGCGCGGAGCGAGGUGUUGCGGUGGGAGGCCGCGCGCGCGCGCGAGCUCGGGCAGACGGAGGAGGAUGAAGCGGAGCGGGCGAAGCGGGCGGCGCACGCGGAGAUGGCGCGCGCGCUGUGGGAGGAGACGGAGGCGCAGUUCGAAGGGCGGCUGCAGGAGUGGCGCAGGCAAAGCGCGCGCCUGCAGGGGGUGGCGCAGCGGAAGUCGGAGAAGCGCGCCAGGCGCGCCAGGCACAAGUGGGCGCGCGCGCAGGGAAAACAGGCGCACGCACGGCCGGAGAGGAGCGGAAGUGGCGUUUUCGCGGUUAGCAGCGCUGGUGGUAGCGUUGGUAGUAGCGAUAGUAGUGAUGGUGGUGAUGGUUCUACUGCUGCGCGAGUCGCGAGCCCCACAGAGGAGGAGCUGUUGGAUCUCAUGCCGGGAGGCACGCGCUCCUGGCAGAACCUUAAAGCCUCCGCUACCCGCUCCUCCUCAGCGUCCCCCUCCGCCUUCUCUGCCUCCAUUGCCUCCUCCUCCUCCGAUCCCUCUCCCUCCUCCUCUUCCAAUUCCUCUUCCUCUGCCUCCUCUUCCUCUUCCUCCUCUUCCGAUUCCCCCUCGUGCAACUGUUCUUCUUCCUCAUCCGGUACGAAAAGCAAGAGCGACACGUCGCCUCCGACUCCAUGGGAGGAGAAUCGGCCGGCGGGAGAGUCCCCAUGCAGCCCCAGGAGCACCGGACCGGUGAUCAACGUCACCACUCUGGACCACAUUCUAUCGCGCACGAAGUACCCGUGGAACCAGACCGUCACCCUGGUGCUGCAGGCGUCGAUUACUCUCGACCACUCGUUGGUGCUCGAUUCGAGCUUCUCAUGCACCAUCUUCCAGGCAGACACGCUCCCCAGCGAAUACGUUUUGGAGAUCACCACCGACACGGAGCCCGUUCUUCAGGUGCACAACGCGAGCAACAUGGUGUUUAUCGGGAUCGGUCUGAGGAGUCCUGUCAGAAACGGGUCAGCUUAUUGCGAGUCGCUGCCCGAGUAUGGGAAUUUGUUGGGGAACGACCUCCUGUGCCCGGCUCUGCUCAUCUACCGGUCGUACGGCAUUCAGUUCACGCAGGCGUCAGUGGUGGGGCGGAUAGACGUGUUCCGCUGCGCAUACACGAAGCUGGACUCGCUCUUUGCCACGGCGCCCUGGGACUUCCAAUACCACCCGGGGGUCAUCCGCAUGGGCAUGAGCGGCAUCGGCGUCAACCUCACCUCCUCCGAGAAUAUAAUCUCCAAUAACGACCUCUUUGGCGCGUGGGAGCUCAUCUACCUCUAUCGGGGAACCAUUGGAGCUACUGUGAGGAACAACUUCCUCCACGACUACCUCUUCUCAGGCUUCAGGUGUGGAGCGGACGUGCAUUUCGCGUGGGACUGUGCGCUGACGACAGUGAAGCACAACUUUGUGUUCUCCCCGCAGAAGAAGAACCUCACAGGCGACUCUGCUGGCAUCUACUUCUGCACGCACUGGUUCAGCCCCGGGAACACGGUGAGCUGCAACUAUGUGAUCGGCGGGGACCACUGCUACUACCUGGACUACUGCACGUCAGGCGUGGAGAUUCAGGGGGGCGUGUGCCUGCAGCUGUGGGACGGUGUGAAGCUGAACAACGGCAAGAGGAACCACAUCCGCAGCCUGCUCAUGGUGGGGCUGGGCCAGAGCCCCGGCUACAUCACGUGCUUCACUGUCACGGUCAACCACUGUCGAAAGGACCCCGGGUCGUAUUGGGAGGCCAUGCGGAAGCUGUACUACGACACGCCUGAGAUCAACAAGGUAAGUCCUCAUGGUGGGGUUGGGACAAAGCCCGGUUCAGAGCUCCUCUCUACCCCUCUCGGCCCCUCUCCGCCCCUCUCCACCGCUCUCCACCCCUCUCCACCACUCUCCACCCCUCUCCACUUCUCUCCACCGCUCUUCAUCCCUCUCCUCCCCUCUUACACCCCUCUCCACCCCUCUCCUCCCCUCUCUCCCCUCUUCACCCCUCUGCACCCCUCUGCACACCUCUGCACACCUCUGCACACCUCUGCACCCCAUUCAACCCUCUGCACCCCUCUCCACCCCUCUGCACCCCUCGCCAAACCCCCACCCCUUCUCCGGAUUCAGGCCAAGAAAAGGUGGCGUGGCCGUCUUUCCUUUCCCCUCAGCCAUGGCCGUCUUUCCUUUCCCCUCAGCCAUGGCCGUCUUUCCUUUCCCCUCAGCCAUGGCAAGCCAUGGCAGCAGCACGGCCCCUCUGCCUCGCCGCCACCAUCCCAUCCCAUGGCACAUAUCCGACAGCCUCUGCCUCGCCGCCACCAUCCCAUCCCAUGGCACAUAUCCGACAGCCUCUGCCUCGCCGCCACCAUCCCAUCCCAUGGCACAUAUCCGACAGCCUCUGCCUCGCCGCCACCAUCCCAUCCCAUGGCACAUAUCCGACAGCCUCUGCCUCGCCGCCACCAUCCCAUCCCAUGGCACAUAUCCGACAGCCUCUGCCUCGCCGCCACCAUCCCAUCCCAUGGCACAUAUCCGACAGCCUCUGCCUCGCCGCCACCAUCCCAUCCCAUGGCACAUAUCCGACAGCCUCUGCCUCGCCCCCACCAUCCCAUCCCAUGGCACAUAUCCGACAGCCUCUGCCUCGCCGCCACCAUCCCAUCCCAUGGCACAUAUCCGACAGCCUCUGCCUCGCCGCCACCAUCCCAUCCCAUGGCACAUAUCCGACAGCCUCUGCCUCGCCGCCACCAUCCCAUCCCAUGGCACAUAUCCGACAGCCUCUGCCUCGCCGCCACCAUCCCAUCCCAUGGCACAUAUCCGACAGCCUCUGCCUCGCCGCCACCAUCCCAUCCCAUGGCACAUAUCCGACAGCCUCUGCCUCGCCGCCACCAUCCCAUCCCAUGGCACAUAUCCGACAGCCUCUGCCUCUCUGCAGCAAAGCCAGCCGCACUCACUCCUAAGCUAGUGUGGCCCUCCUCCCUUUCCUCUCCGCCAUCACAGCAGCACUCGCCUCGCCCCCUUCCGCGCCCCCAUCAUCCCGUCACAGAUAUACGGUACGACAGCCGCUGCCUCUCUGCUGCUGAGUGCUGA